AUGAGCUGGCCUCUUGAAUCUGUUGAAGAUCUCGGGGAGGAGGAGAUGCUAGCGAUCGCCAUGGCGGUGUCGCUUUCUGAAUCUCAGCAGAAGGAUCACCUGAAGCAUGACAGUGACGUUUCGAGCGCUCAUGCUGCUGCUGGAAUAGACUGCUCAAAAUCGAUCAGUCGUGCUCAGGAGGCGCAGGAGGCGCAGGAGGCGCAGGAGGGGCAGGAGGGUCAGAUGUCGGAGGGGUCAAGCAGCAAGGUCUCAUAUCGAGACAAGAUCGUCGAGCCUCAUCGAACGUCUUCAGCGGAGCAGAUGGCGACGGCAUGCGAGAGGCGCAUGAGCGACGUGAGACAAGAAGAUUCGGCUCAACAAGCGAAGAAGGAUUACGCGGUUUUCCUGGGGAGAGGGCACGAACAAUGUCACAACGAAGAAGAAUCCAUCACGGGCAUGCACCUCAAGGAAAUCCAUCCGUCCCGGGUUGUGAGGUUCCGAGUAUCGUCAGCCGGGUCCGAGGGGAGGUUGGGAGAUGCUUCAAGUUGCUUCAAGGAGAGUGACGUCACCGCAGCAACGCCACGGCUUCGGAGUUGCCACUGCCAGCAGUCUCAGGAUGCGGAGAUGGUUUGGACCGUGAUGUGGGAGACUGUCACCCCAGACGAACUGAGCGAUCUUGAGAAGAACGGCGAGCUGAUAACCGGAGAAUAUCGGAAAGCCGACGCUCAGGGGAAGACGAUGAGGCUGGUGGAUCCUGAUGAGACCAACUUGGAUUGCCUGGACUGGCAGUUCUUCUUGUCAGAGAUCGACAGGCUAGAAACUCAAAUCCGCGGGUGCCUUGUCCUUGUUGAACUGUCUGUGGGCGGACGGGUGACCUGCCGUGGGUUGACUUGCAGGGCAAAGAACAACUUUCUGCGCGACAGAUCUUUUGGCAAGCGCGGCGAUGGGCACGUGCGUGUACAGCUCCUGUCAGAACUCGAGAUCAGGCUCGAGGCUCGGAGGCGACAGUUCCAGAUGCAAGAAGUUGUUAAUCAGAUUCAGAGUGGUGCUCCCAUCAAUGACCUGACCAGCACCUUUCAAACCAAUACGCCCGCCAGCCGCCUGUCUGCUGCAGAUGCUGAAUGGGAGGGCGAGCAGGAGGGGGACGAUGAAGAGUAUGAGUAUGACGAUCACAAUUGGUCAAGAGAAAAGGUAGAACGAGAACACUCAAGGAGGUGA